AUGUGCUUACAAGGGCCUGCGGGUGUUAUUCCUGGUGCCCCUGGGAUCCCAGGUCGGGAUGGAUUCAAAGGAGAAAAGGGGGAGUGCCUGCGGGAAACCUUCGAGGAGUCCUGGACACCUAACUACAAGCAAUGCUCAUGGAAUUCGCUGAAUUAUGGCAUCGAUCUCGGAAAAAUUGCGGAGUGCACAUUCACGAAGAUGCGCUCGAACAGCGCGCUCCGCGUCCUGUUCAGCGGCUCGCUCCGGCUCAAGUGCAGAAGCGCGUGCUGCCAGCGCUGGUAUUUCACGUUCAACGGAGCUGAAUGUUCAGGGCCUCUCCCCAUUGAAGCCAUCAUUUACUUGGACCAAGGAAGCCCUGAACUGAACUCAACAAUUAACAUCCAUCGCACCUCUUCUGUGGAAGGACUCUGUGAAGGAAUCGGUGCCGGGUUAGUGGAUGUUGCCAUCUGGGUGGGUACUUGUUCAGAUUACCCCAAAGGAGAUGCCUCUACUGGAUGGAAUUCAGUGUCUCGCAUCAUUAUUGAAGAACUACCAAAAUAAAUUCUUUCAUCUUCAUUCCCUACCUCUUUUUAGUAUACCUUUGACUGGCUAAUUUUAGUGACAUUUUAUAUAAUUUUUAGGUAGACAUCUGAAUGAAAAACAAAGAUAAAUGUGUUUACAGACCAAAGUGUGAUUUCACACAAGUCCAGUAUUAUUCAUUUUCCUUCACUCAGAUGGUUUGAGGAUUUUGUAGUUGAAUAGAAUGUGUACUUUCUUCAUAUUCCCCCGUUCCUGGAACCUAUAAUUUAGAAUGUCAUUGUGGUCUUUAAUUUUUCCCAUUCUCUUAGUAUAGCACUUUUUUAAAAUAUAAAAGCUACCAGUCUUUGUACAAGUUGUAAAUGUUCAAAAUUGUUUUAUAUCUGUGAAAUAAAACUUAUUUCAAAUAA